CUCGACCACCUGCCUCCUCCCCUCCCCUCCCCUCGCCUCGCCGCCUCUGCGCCCCCCAACUUCCGCGCGCCAUCGUGGCGCCGCCCCGAGGGGAGGACGACCCCCCGCCUUCCCUCCCAGAACCUUCUAGAACGCCUGGAUCGCCGCAUCGGGCCCCUGCCGCCGCCGGUGUCGAUGGAGAAGCUCCGCGUCCACCGCUGCGGCGGGGGCGCGGUCGCCUGGUCGCCCUCCCCCAUCGUCGCGCUCGCCGCCUCCCCCUGCAAGUCCCAGGUGGCCGCCGCGCGCGCCGACGGCUCCCUCGAGCUCUGGCUCGUCUCCCCCGGCUCCGUCGGGUGGCACCACCAGCUCACCAUUCAGGGGGAUGCCGAGUCGAGGGUCACGUCGCUGGUCUGGGCGCGGAGCGGUGCGAAUGGGCGGCUGCUCUCUUCCAGCGUCGACGGAUCAGUGGCCGAGUGGGAUCUAUUCCACCUACGGCAAAAGACUGUACUAGAUUCUGUGGGGAUACCAAUAUGGCAAAUGGCCAUAGAACCUUCAGUUGAUCUUAUGGAUUCUGAAAAUAAAGACUCAGAUUUUACUGCUAAUGGCAAUGCAAAUGGUCACUCUGAUUCUGACUCAAGUUCUAUCGAUGAUGGCAAAAACACUGAUGAUGAAGGCGAUUCUGCCAAUACAAGAUUGCCAUAUCGUGUGAACGAAUUCCAGCGUCUGGCCCUGGCCUGUGAUGAUGGUUCUAUACGCUUCUAUAAUGUACCUGAAUCUGGCACAUUGACUUACUAUAGAUCUCUCCCGAGAGUAAGCGGGCGGAUGUUGAGCGUGGCAUGGAGUAUUGAUUCCAAAUUCAUAUUCUCUGGAAGCAGUGAUGGUUUAAUUAGAUGCUGGGAUUCCACUUCUUUCUAUGAGAAAUACCGUAUUACUGCUGGAUUGGGAGGCGCUGGUAGUGGACAUGAACUUUGCAUAUGGUCGUUAUUGUUUCUUAGGUGUGGAACACUUGUUAGUGGAGAUAGUUCUGGGAGUGUCCAGUUUUGGGACAGCCGACAUGGAACUCUUUUGCAAGCUCAUACUUACCAUAAAGGCGAUGUGAAUGCACUAGCAACUGUGCCUGGUCAGAACAGGGUAUUUUCUGCUGGGUCUGAUGGGCAGGUAAUUUUGUACAAAGUAUCAAAAGAUGAGCUCAGUGCUGAUAAAAAUGAGGCCAAAGAGCAAGUGCACAAGUGGGUCUAUGUGGGAUAUGUAAGAUCCCAUACUCAUGAUGUAAGGGCGUUGACCAUGGCUGUACCAAUUUGUAGAGAAGAUGCUUUACCAGAGGAAAAGACAAAGAAGAUUCGUCGGCGGGUAAAGCCGGUUGAGUUCAGCUACCACAAGUGGGCACAUCUGGGUGUUCCAAUGCUUAUUUCUGGUGGCGAUGACACUAAGCUAUUUGCUUAUUCUGCAAGGGAGUUUACUCAGUUUGCACCUCAUAACUUUUGCCCUGCACCUCAACGCCCUUUGAUUAACCUGGCAAGAGAGAGCAUAGUUAAUGGAGAUUCUGUUAUGCUUGUUCAGUCUGCCAACUGGCUGGAUGUCUUACUUGUGGUAGUUCAGAACAAGUUGACUCCAAGCACCUCUUCCAGAGGAGAUGCAACAGUAAGACACCUUGCACGUCUGAAAAGCAAGGGAUCCCGAAAAAUCAUUUCCAGUGCUGCCUCAACCAAUGGAACUUUGUUGGCCUAUUCAGAUUCCGUGAAACCCUGUCUUUUUGCACUAAGACAUAAGGGUGGAAAAAAAUUUACUCUAGACAAGCUAGAGCUGCCAAAGGGAUUGCCGUAUUCUCAGUGUAUGCUGUUCUCCAUUGACUCGUCCAAUUUGAUAUUAGCUGGCCGUGAUGGAAAGAUUUAUGUUGUAGACAUUGCCACCAGGGAAAUUUCAAAUGUCUUCCAGCCUAUGAGGAAAAUGGAUGGAACUUCUUCCAAAGAGCCACCUGUUACAAAAAUGUUCCUGAGUGCAGAUGGACAGUGGCUGGCUGCAGUUAACUGUUCUGGGGAUAUUUACAUAUUUAAUCUUGAGGUGGAAAGGCAACACUGGUUCAUACCUAGAAUGAACGAUGGGUCUGUUACAUCUGGUGGCUUUUGUCCUAAGAACAAUGCCCUCAUCAUUACAACAUCAAAGAAUGAGGUGUAUGUGUUUGAUGUAGAGGCGAAACAGUUAGGUGACUGGUCCAAGCGGCACACCCAUCACUUGCCCAGAAGAUUCCAAGAAUUUCCUGGAGAGGUCAUUGGCCUGUCAUUUCCUCCACUAAGUUCAUCUUCAGUUGUCCUUUACAGUGCAAGAGCAAUGUGUUUUAUUGAUUUUGGAUUACCAGUUGUUCAGGAUGGUCAAUUGCCAAAUGGUGCACUUGUACCAGCUGAAAAGACAGACUCUCAAAAGAGUUCAAAUAAAAAGCUUAAGCGGAAGGGACGAGAAGAAGAACCGAGGCAAGAGAUAAGGAAUAACUUUGAUUUCUUUGCGUUUAAAGAUCCAGUGCUAUUCGUUGGCCACCUAUUAGACAACUCUGUUCUAAUGGUAGAGAAGAGAUGGAUGGAUGUAGUCGAAGGGUUUGGCGCACCAGUUCAUAGACAUAUAUACGGUACAUGAUCCAUGCCUUCGUGGCACAUCUCAACUUUUGGUACUCGUUGACAGGCAACCCAUUCUUCUGUCUUCACCCAAGCUGUGAAAUGUCAUACAUCAUCUCAAGUUUGGUAAGUGGUUUCAACAUCUAGCAGCACACAAUGUCUGCUGAAGUUAUAGGAACUAAUGUGGGUUAAUGUUGUCAAAUCGUUAUUGUUCCUUGGUUAGCCUCGCUGUAUUCUUUUUUAGCGUACGAAAUUUAGUGGACUCAUCAUUGCGCCAGUUUUGUCAUACCUUGUCGCUGAGCAAAUUUUCCAUAUGUAAACUAUGUAUCAUCGGUUAUGCUAAGAGUAUUUGUUGUUUGCGUAGUGC